AUGUGGAUACAUAUUGCAGUUAUAGCCUCCACCGUUGGAUGCGUUUCAACCAUACUCUUGAUUCUAAUCUGUCGCCGUUGGUGCUACAGAAGAAACCGUAGAGAUUCUUCUUCUGAACAAGGAAAUUUAACCAGAAUAGAAAGUUCUAGAACUAGAAUUCAUCAUCACAUGCCAAGUGUUCAUCAUCAAAUUCAAAUAGAUCAAGUGGAAAACGGAUGGUCGAGAUUCGCUUUCACUAGCUAUAAAAGUUACAUGCCUUCUCCAUCUAAAAGGUCUACACUGUUAGGCUCAUUUGCGGCACCUGAUUAUAAAUCAUCAGAAGCUGAGAUUAGUUGGGAGGUUUCAAGUGAAUCAGAUGAGUUUAUGCAGAAGAACUGCUUUGCCGUUACCUGGCCCUGUUUUGGGAAAUUGUGUUUUUCCGCAAGAGUCUUAUUUUGA